CGCUAUCCUGCCAAGACACGCUGCCUAUCUCCCAACGAAACAAUGGCUGCCGUUACCGCGAGGACCACAUUCAUCCCUCCCUCUACAUUCCGUUCCUCGUCCAGGUCCCCAUUUCCCACCUCCAAAUCUACUCUCCCCUUUUCCUUAAUCCCCCAAAAGCAAUCUCUCCGCCACUUCCUCCACAUUUCCAAUUCCCUCCAUCAGUCUGCCGCCGUUACCACCACCACCAUCCCCACGACAACUGAAACGCCGCUACAAGAUUUCGCCUCUCGUUUUGCUGCAGAUGAGCCCCGCAAAGGAGCUGAUAUCCUUGUGGAAGCUCUCGAGCGUCAGGGGGUCACUACUGUCUUUGCCUACCCUGGCGGCGCCUCCAUGGAGAUCCAUCAGGCACUCACCCGCUCCAACGUUAUAAGAAACGUACUCCCGCGGCACGAGCAAGGUGGUGUUUUUGCUGCUGAGGGCUACGCACGUUCUUCUGGCGUGCCUGGCAUCUGCAUCGCCACUUCUGGCCCUGGUGCUACCAAUUUGGUUAGUGGCCUCGCUGAUGCGCUACUUGACAGCGUCCCCCUUAUUGCCAUCACAGGUCAAGUCCCUCGCAGAAUGAUUGGUACCGACGCCUUCCAAGAGACGCCCAUUGUUGAGGUAACGAGGUCUAUCACCAAGCACAAUUAUCUUGUUCUUGAUGUGGAUGACAUCCCUAGGAUUGUUAAUGAGGCUUUCCUGUUAGCCAGCUCAGGGCGGCCUGGCCCUGUGUUGAUUGAUAUACCAAAGGAUAUACAGCAGCAACUUGCUAUUCCUAACUGGGAACAGCCUAUAAGAUUGCCAGGAUAUAUGUCUAGGAUGCCUAAGCCUCCAAGCGAAGUUCAUUUGGAACAGAUUGUUAGGUUGAUUUCUGAGUCCGAGAAGCCAGUAUUGUAUGUGGGUGGUGGGUGUUUGAACUCCAGUGAGGAGUUGAGGAGGUUUGUGGAGCUUACUGGGAUACCUGUUGCCAGUACUUUGAUGGGUCUUGGGGCAUUUCCUACUGCGGAUGAGUUGUCCUUGCAAAUGCUAGGGAUGCAUGGAACUGUGUAUGCCAAUUAUGCGGUGGAUAGGUGUGAUCUGUUGCUCGCUUUUGGAGUUAGAUUUGAUGACCGUGUAACAGGAAAAAUUGAGGCUUUUGCUAACAGAGCAAAGAUUGUUCACAUUGAUAUUGAUUCAGCUGAGAUUGGGAAGAAUAAGCAGCCACAUGUGUCAGUUUGCUCGGAUGUGAAGUUGGCAUUGGAAGGCAUGAAUAUGAUAUUGGAGAGCAAAAGGGAUAAGCUUAAACUUGAAUAUUCAACUUGGAGGCAAGAGCUAAAUGAGGAGAAGGCGAAAUAUCCACUGAGUUAUAAGACUUUUGGGGAAGCUAUUCCUCCUCAGUAUGCAAUUCAAGUUCUAGAUGAAUUAACUGGUGGAAAUGCAAUUAUAAGUACUGGUGUCGGUCAGCAUCAAAUGUGGGCAGCUCAAUUUUACAAGUAUAAGAGGCCUCGUCAAUGGCUGACGUCAGGGGGAUUGGGAGCUAUGGGUUUUGGAUUGCCUGCUGCCAUUGGAGCUGCUGUUGCUAAUCCUGGUGCAGUUGUUGUGGACAUUGAUGGAGAUGGAAGUUUUAUCAUGAAUGUCCAAGAGUUGGCAACUAUCUGUGUGGAGAAUCUUCCUAUUAAGAUAUUGUUGUUGAAUAACCAACAUUUAGGAAUGGUUGUUCAGUGGGAGGAUCGAUUUUAUAAAGCAAAUAGGGCUCAUACAUAUCUUGGAGACCCAUCAAAAGAGUCUGAAAUAUUCCCUAAUAUGUUAAAGUUUGCUGAAGCUUGCAGAAUACCAGCAGCUCGUGUGACAAAGAGGAAAGCUCUCAAAGCAGCUAUUCAGAAAAUGUUGGACACACCUGGACCCUACUUGUUAGAUGUAAUAGUUCCCCAUCAAGAGCAUGUCCUGCCUAUGAUCCCAAGUGGCGGGGCUUUUAAAGACAUGAUCACAGAGGGUGAUGGAAGAACAGAGCAGUGAACUCCAUUAGCAUUAAAUAUGUUGUCUUGCAAUGUAUUUUCAUUAAUUGAGAGUUUAGGUGUAGAUUAGAAGUUACGAUAGUUUUUUCAAGUCUAUAUGUUAGUUUUGUUAUGGUACUUGAUGUUUAAUUUAGAAGAAGUUGCUUGUGCUACUUUAAUU